AUGGCUGCAUCUAAUUCAACACAGCCAAGAAGUGCAGCUGAAGCUCUUGCACGGAUAGAACAAGAGAGAUCUGCUGCGCCGAUAAUACCGCAAAUUGAUUAUUCAGUACACGAAUUGGAAGAUGGAACUCGUGUUUCCACACACGACAGAUUGUGUAAAGAAGUUCAGGCACCCGCUGUCAAGGUUCCUACACCCGAGGAAUUCUUUUCAAAAGAGGAUCCUAAUAAACCAGACAUUGUGUUUUUGAAGAAUCAUUUUUAUCGUGAAGGAAGAAUUACCGAAGAGCAAGCACUUUACAUUAUAAAACAAGGCACUGAGAUAUUAAAGAGGGAGCCAAACUUGUUAGAAGUAGAUGCUCCAAUUACAGUAUGCGGUGAUAUUCAUGGACAAUAUUAUGACUUGAUGAAGCUUUUCGAAGUUGGUGGUAAUCCAGCUGAUACUCGUUACCUUUUUUUGGGAGAUUACGUGGACAGGGGAUAUUUUUCAAUCGAAUGUGUUUUAUAUUUGUGGUCGCUGAAAAUAUGGUACCCUGAUACAUUGUUCUUACUACGUGGAAACCAUGAAUGUCGUCAUUUAACAGAUUACUUUACUUUUAAAUUGGAAUGUAAACACAAGUAUUCUGAAGUGGUUUAUGACGCGUGUAUGGAUUCAUUUUGUGCACUUCCUCUUGCCGCUGUAAUGAAUAAACAAUUCUUAUGUAUUCAUGGUGGUUUAUCUCCGGAGCUGAAUACGCUAGAUGAUUUGCGCGAUAUAAAUCGUUUCAGAGAGCCACCAACCCAUGGACUAAUGUGUGACUUGUUAUGGGCCGAUCCACUCGAGGAAUUCGGUCAGGAGAAGAAUAACGAAUGUUUCUUACAUAAUAAUGUUCGAGGAUGUUCUUAUUUCUUUAGUUACCACGCAGCAUGCGCUUUUCUGGAAAAAAAUAGUCUAUUAUCGAUUAUUCGUGCACAUGAAGCUCAAGAUGCAGGAUAUCGAAUGUAUCGAAAGACAAAAACUACCGGAUUCCCUUCAGUCAUGACUAUAUUUUCAGCACCAAACUAUUUGGACGUUUACAACAACAAAGCGGCCGUUUUGAAAUACGAGAAUAACGUGAUGAACAUCCGACAAUUCAAUUGCACCCCACAUCCAUAUUGGCUACCGAAUUUCAUGGAUGUGUUUACUUGGUCUUUGCCGUUUGUUGGUGAAAAAAAUAUGCUCUUAGUCAUAAUGAGUAUUUGCAGUAAAGAAGAGCUGGAAGAUGACGAAUUAGAGGAUAGUGUAGAAGAUGAUGGGCCAAGGUCGCCGGAGCCUUCAUUGACUGAUGGCGCAGAAAGACGCCAAGUGAUCAAGAACAAGAUUUUGGCCGUUGGUAAAAUGGCCAGGGUUUUUUCCGUUCUUAGAGAGGAAUCUGAACGUGUUAUGGAACUGAGGAAUGUUACGGGAACAGGAAAGUUACCGUACGGUACAUUGGCUUUGGGUGCGGAAGGGAUCAAAAAAGCAAUUACCUCAUUCGAAGAAGCUCGAAAAUCCGACCUUGAGAACGAACGUUUUCCGCCAACCCGCGGAGAACAGGAUGCCAUCUCCGAAGCAAAACAACAAAAAGCAAUCGCUCGAGCUGUCGAGGAGGUGAAUCAAGAUAGAGAGCUUAACGAGGUGGCCGAAGUUUAUGUAAAAGAGGACGAAAAAAGGAGAAGUCUAAAGAGUCUUUCGGAGUAUAAGGGAGAAGAACAUUAA